GCCCCAACUAGUUCCCCAUGACGGUCACAGUUCAAGUUCGCGACGCGACCAGCUCAUGGCAUAAGAGACGGCUAUGUCUACAUGAUAGACACUGUGAAAAAACAUGAGAGUAUCGCACCGCCCUCAAGGUUCGCAGGCGCGCCUUUGACCCCUGCGCCGACCAGAAAGCCUUUACCCAAGCACCUCAAGUUCUCGCGCUUUUCAAAGAUAUCCAAGGACACAUAAAGCAAUACCCAAGAACAGAAUUCGAUAAGAUUAAGAGUCGGGAGGGAAGCGACCGUUUAUUCCCUUUAUGGCUGGCUUGAUGUUAUACCGGGCUAUCUCAGUUUCACAGAAUCCUUUCUUCAUGACUUUGCGUAACCGUGCGACCGGACCCCCAUGCACUACGAGAAUGCACCAUUCUUCUCUCAGCAACAUUGUGCAAUGGAAUGGCCCGCGCCCGUCUUCUACGCAGAGAACCGUACUUCGCGAAGUUCAGUGCACGAGACCUGGGAUUCCAACUCUUGAGUUGACUCAGCAACUGCGCCACGCUAACCGCCGCAAUGCCACACUCAUGACAGCGACCCGCAGUUGCCCAUAUCCUUUCUUCUCUACUCUACAACCAACAAAUAGACGCUCACAAGGGCUGGCGGGUAGAAAGAGCAAAGCAGGUGUAACUACCACACUAAUCAGCAAAAGGAUCUUCGAAGAUAUUGGAUUUGUGUUUGAGAAAUUGGAGGUGAAACGCCAUUCUGUAUUUCUAGUAUUUCUUGGAGUCCGCCUGCCCCAAUGAGUACUACAAAUGAAAGGUAGGACAGAUUCGAGAGGAAAUGUCGAUCCGCCCCGCCUUUGUGCCUGUUUGCUCAAGAUCGUAGUCCCAUAGUCACAUCUCCAUCUUCCACUAUAAUACUGCCUGGGUACAUAGUCUUAUACUCGCGCCCGUCGCUAUCAGUGUAUAUGACAGGGGCAAAGUCUUUAUGGUUACCCUUAGUA